AUGGAAAGUAUAUCUAGCGGUGUCAACUUUCUCAGGCGUCGGUUUAGCUCUCAGGAUAUUGCAGAAGAUGACAAGACGAUGUCCACUUCAUCUCUUAGUGGACGUGGCCCACAACAACAAAAACAUUAUCAACAGCAUUCCUCCAACACUUCAUCACAAAUCCAGAAUGGACCACCUAAUAGUUUCUCAUUGGCUGGUCUUGCCAACAAAGUCUCCAGUGCUAUAAGUGCUCCAACUUCACCAUCCAAGCAAUCUAUGUAUUCACAAGUUCAAGGUAUAACCAAAAAUCUGAUGCAAGCAGCCACAAAUGCAGCAUCGUACAUUCAGGGACCACAUAAAUGCAUACUGAUUAUUGAUGACCGACAUAUCGACUGGGGUAAAUAUUUCCGCAACAAUCGUACUGGUUGGCAACUGCGAAUUGAACAGGCUCCGUUCUCAGAAAUACAUGUCUGCUGUCAUUCUAAUCGUAAGUGUACAGUGGAUAUUUUGGAAUCAGGAAAAGAACACAGAAGAAUGCAGCCAGAUUUUGUUUUGUUCCGGCAAAAUGCAAACAGUGAAAAGGGUGAUUAUACUAAUAUCGCUUUAGCAUUGCUGAAAGGAGGUGUGCAAACUCUGAAUAAUCCUGAAAGUUUUAGUCGACUUCAACAAAUUUGUGAAACCGCUGGACCAAAUGUUAUACCUCUGAUCGAACAAAUUUAUUAUCCAUCAUUUGAUCAUUUUAUGAAAGUCGAUGACGAAAAUCAUAUGCUAGAAGUGGAAAAUAUGUUGCGAGCAAUUAAACCUGUGGAAGUUUUUACUGAACUAUUCAUCGAAACAAAAUAUGAUAUACAUUUACAGAAAAUUGGUGCAGAAACAAGAGCUUACAUUCGUAAGGGUAUAUCAAAUGAUUGGAAGAGUAAUGCUGGUUCUGCAAUGUUGGAAAAAAUUUCUCUCUCAAACAGGCAGAAACAAUGGUUGACUACUAUAUCAGAUGCAUUCGGUGGACUGGAAGUAUUCGGGAUCGAUAUUUUAGUAGCAAAAGAUGGAAGAGAGAUAGUUUACGAUGUGAAUGAUGUCAUAACUUUACUUGGUGAUACUCAAGAAGAUGAUCGCAGGGCUAUUGCUGACCUUGUUCAAACACACAUAAUACAAUCCGCUCAACGCGCUGCGCAACAAAUGGUAGCUUCAACACGUGUUGCUAUGCCUCCGGUUCUACCACCACGUCCUCAAUCAACAAAUGUUUCACGAUCCAAUACCUUGGAAACAAAUAUGUCAGGUGAAGCUACAGUGAAUGUUGAUGAUAAAUUGGGCCGAAAAAGUUCUCUUGGCCAAAAAGCAGGACAACCGCCACGGCCAAUAAGACAACCAAGUAAGCAAGGGAAAGAACCACCAGGAAGCAGUUCACAGCAACCGCAACAUCAGGAUGAUACGAUGGGUCAGCUGAAACGUACAUUUGCCGGUAUUUUCGGUGAAGUUCAGUGA